AUGUCCCUCAAAAGAAAUAUUGAGGAGGUUAACCGAGAUGUGAAGAGGCUCAAGGUUCAACCUUCUGGUGCCUUACUUACAUUUUUUGGCACAUUGACUGAAAGAGAAAAGGGCAAAGCUGUGACAAAGAGCAACCAAGAGAUGAAAUUUCCAUUCCAAUUAACAAAUGCAACUUUGCCAAAACGCUGUUAUAUAGAACGUUCUCAAAACCCACCCACAGAUAGUAAUGAGGAUAAUUACCAAGCAUACUUUAUUAAUGCUUGUUCAAAGCUCCCAUUAUUGACAAGAAAACCUGACUGUGUGACAAUAGAUUUAAAGAUCGUGGGACAUUGUAAUGGGCAAGUGCUGGCAUUUGCAGAAAAAGUCUUGCAACUACAGUCAAGGCAUCAUUUUGUAUUUGCAAUACUCACAGAUUGCCACCACAUACAACUAUUUGAAAUAGCAAGGG